GCUUUGAUUUGUCUACCACAAAUUCAAAAAAGUAAUAUUAGUAAAUCUCUUUCCUCUUUAGGCAUGUUCUUUCUUCCUUGUUAAUGCACUUGGCAGGUAACAUUAUGCUAUCAAAGGGGUCAUUAGUUAAGUCUCAUCCAAUAUCACCUGUACCGCCACUGGCUUUGCCAUCAUCAUCAUCAUCAUCAUCAUCUCAGUUAGAUCCUUUGCAAACUAUAACAUCUUUACCAGAGCUGAUUAGUAUGUCAUCCAAACCAUCAGACUUUAUAUUUGAUUAUUGUAUAGGGACAGGAAACUUUGGAGAUGUUUAUAAAGCAAGACGUAAAGAUUCCAAUACUAUUUUUGCCAUAAAAGUUAUUGACUUAGACGAAUCAAUUGAUGAUAUCAACCAAUUAACUCAGGAGAUUCACUUACUUUCUAGAUUAAGAAGUCCUUAUAUUACUAAUUAUUUUGAAUCAUUUAUUUAUCAAUGGAAUAUGUACAUUGUUAUGGAAUAUUGUGGAGGUGGAUCAUGUUCUGAUUUAUUAAAAUUAUAUAAACAUGUUCCUGAAAUGAUAGUUUCAUUCAUUCUUAGAGAAGUUUUAAAAGGUUUACAAUAUUUACAUUCUGAACAUAAAGUUCAUAGAGAUAUUAAACUGGCUAAUAUAUUACUAACAGAAAAGGCAGAAGUUAAAUUAGCCGAUUUUGGAGUAAGUGGAGAAAUGUCAAUGACUCAUAUUAAGAAGAAGACAUUUGUUGGUACACCAUUUUGGAUGGCACCAGAAGUUAUUAUUAGAGGUGACAAGAAUAAAAGAGAAGAAAAUGAGUCUAAAGAUGAUGGGUAUGAUUCCAAAGUUGAUAUUUGGUCAACGGGUAUAACAGCAAUUGAAUUAGUUACUGGUAGACCUCCAUUAUCACAAUAUAAUCCUUUUAAAAUUUUAUUUCAAAUUCCCAAGAUUACUCCACCUACUUUAGAAGGAGUUCAAUAUAGUGAUAACAUUAAAGAUUUUGUGAGGUAUUGUUUAAUUAAAGAACCAUCAUUUAGACCAUCAGCUAGUAUAUUAUUGAAGCAUCAUUUUAUAACUAGAGGUAGACGUAAUGCAGCAUCAGCUCAGAAUCAAUUAUUUUUAAUGAUUUCAAAAAAGAAUGAUUAUUUAAGGAGACAUGGUAAAUUAGAAAGGACUCCUAAUCAUUUGAUAUAUGAAGAAGAACAAAAUAGUUUAGCAACUAAUGCAGUGGAAUGGAAUUUUCAGACUAUGACUGGUCUACCUGCCUAUUCAGAUCUUGGACCACAGGUUUUGAACAAGACUCCAAAAGUAAUAGUUAGAGAACUUCCUAAGAAAAAUAUAGAUCCAAUGGUUAGAACAGAUCAUGUGCAAGUGCAAGUACAAAGUUCUUCCCCAAUACAAAUUAAUGGACAGGAAGUGUUAUUUGGAUGUCUUGAGAAUUUAUAUCGUCGUGCCAUGACAGAGGGUGCAAAGUCUGAUAUUGCUUCAUUAAUGCUGGACUUUCAUAGAUAUGAGACACAACAGCCAGGAUUAUGUGAUGCACUUGUAGAAGAGUUUUUACAUGUUCCAUAUAAAGUGUAGCAGUAUAAACAUUAGAU